CGUUGCCCAGGAGCCAUGGGAAUGGUCACCGCCGCCUCAGCCCUCCUCGCUUCGUCGACGCAUACGCUACGAUGCCGCGGGUCUCUCUCCGGCGUGCCGAGGUUGCGCCUGAGGCCCGCGUCCCCCGGCGCCGGCGCGCUCAGGUUAGACAAUUUUGUCCGAAGGUGUUAUGUGACAAAUGUUGAGGUUGAUGUUUCCAACGUAACAAAGGAAGAGGCUUUUGAUGAUCACCCAUCAUUACCACCGGGCUGCUCCAUUCCAGUUGUUCAUAUCCUAGGGGAUGUUCUAGAUUCUAGUCCUUUUCCGCUUCACGAUACUACUCCCCAUCCUAUCGAUUUUGAAGAGUUGCCUGUAUUGUCUGAAGGAGAGCAACAUAUAUUGGCCGCUACCCCGGCUCACCCUGCUGGACUAUAUGCUCUUUAUGCUAGCUACUUGUUCGGUAACCUUGUGGAACAAAUCUGGAAUUUCGCCUGGCCUGCUGCCCUGGCAAUUCUUCAUCCAAGCCUAUUGCCUGUCGCUAUUGUCAGUUUCUUCGGAAAGCUCUCAGUAUUUGUCGGGGCACCAAUAGUUGGCAAGCUUAUGGACCAUUUCCCUCGAAUACCCAUGUACACAGGAUUGAAUGCUGUCCAGGUAGCCACUCAGUUGAUAUCGGUUGCCAUGGUCAUCUAUGCUCUUAAAAACGUGGGCCAUGCUUCUACAUCAGCUUUGCUUCUCAGACCUUGGUUCAUUGCACUAGUGGUGGCCGGAGCUAUUGAAAGGCUGGCGGGAUUGGCACUUGGAGUUUCCAUGGAGAGGGACUGGGUUGUGCUGUUAGCAGGAACAAACAGGCCAGUUGCGUUAGCUCAAGCUAAUGCUAUGCUUAAUCGAAUUGAUCUUAUUUGUGAGACUGUUGGGGCUUCAGUUUUUGGUCUGCUGCUGACCAAAUACGACCCGGUGACCUGUUUGAAGAUUUCCUGUGGUCUAAUGCUUUGCAGUUUUCCUAUUCUGGUUAUGUUGGGUCAAUUAAUUAACAGCGUCUCCUGUCAUGCGCUUGAUACGUCGAGAACCCCCAACGAUGAAUCUAUUUGUGCUGAUUUAUUGGAUGUCCGCAAUAUAGUUCAAAAUGGCCUGAGUUCUAUCAAGCAUGGUUGGGAUGAGUAUAAGCAGCAGACAGUUCUACCUGCAAGUGUAGCUACUGUGUUUCUAAAUUUCAAUGUAGCACUUGCUCCUGGCGCCAUAAUGACUGCAUUGUUGAUGCAUCGUGGUAUUAGUCCAUCCAUUGUUGGUGCUUUUAGUGGAUUGUGUUCUGUUAUGGGCCUUGUUGCAACAUUCAUCUCCUCAAGCCUGGUGAAAAGAGUUGGAAUUCUAAAGGCGGGAGCAGCUGGAUUGAUAUUUCAAGCUUCACUCUUGUCAAUUGCUCUCACAGUGUACUGGGCUGGAUCCAUUUCACAGAGAACACCUUUACUCAUCUUCCUCGCAUCCAUUGCACUAUCUCGGUUGGGGCACAUGUCUUAUGAUGUAGUGGGGACACAGAUAAUUCAAACAGGGGUUCCUGCUUCAAAAGCAAACCUUAUUGGAGGAAUGGAGGUUUCAAUUGCAAGCCUUGCAGAGUUGGUGAUGCUUGCUAUGGCUAUAAUUGCAAAUGACAUCUCCCAUUUUGGCUUCUUGGCGAUAUUGUCUGUUUCGUCUGUUGCUUGGGCAGCGUGGAUGUUCUGUCGGUGGUUGGGAAAUCCAACGGAUGAACAGAGGGAACUCUUCAUUUUCGAUCCGCACUUCCAACUUCGAGCAACAUAGAAGGAUGAGGCACCACAGUCCAGGCACUCCGUGGGAGCAGAGCAGUGAGCGACUGAGCACCUAGUUAGCCUGCAGCUGCUCGUGCUUUGGGUCAUCACAGCAGUAGAGCUAACUGCUGCCAGAUUGACACGGCAGUUUCAUACAGCAUAUCCCCAUCUCUUAUCUUGCAGAAAGAGGAUGAAGCAUGCACCAUACGCUAGCUUGUACUUGGACCCGAAACUGGGGCUUGCCCUGCAAUGAUCUGAAGAUGUUGCGCAGAGCUGCUGUUACAUCUUUGACUGAAUACACAACACACACACACUAGGAGUUAGGACACCAUUUGUUUCUGGUUUGUCUGGUUUGUCCCCGACAUCCAACUUCUACACUUCAUUUUUCUUCUUCUUCUACAUCUGUUGUAUAGUUGCAUCAAGUAUUACGUCAUAGCUCUAGCAGUGGCAGAACGGGCGUGACUGUCCAUACUAGUAACAUGAAAUCUGUACAUCUUCCGUUC